AUGACAGAGUUAGCAGCGGCCAGCGCAUGUUUCGAUGCAUUAUCGGUGCUGAACAAUAAUGUACAACUCGUUGAGAAUGUGUGCAGCAUCUGCGGGGCUCCCCAUUACACCCAAAACUGCCCAGAGUAUGCCAAAGGAGAUCAUGUUAAGGAUAAGCCUGCGCUUAACCUUUCAAGGUCGUCGGUUCCGAACGGCCUGCUGAUAAUGGACACCCAUGCCGGCAGCUGUGUCGUCACGUCGCAAAAGUUUGCCAAGGGAACCCGGUUCGGUCCGCUGCUCGCCCAGAAAUCGUACGUCCCGAUCAAGAACCUUCCAUUUCCGCUCGUACUGUUCGCCGGACCGUACUACCAGCAGGAGGAGCACGAGUACAGUAACGAUUUGCAGUCCCUGCUCAGCGGUACCCGCAACAUCUACCUAGACACACGGAACGAAUCCAAGUGCAACUGGAUGAUCCACGUUAACUUGGCGCGGUUUUCCAACGAGCAGAAUCUUAUUUGUUAUCAGGAAAAUGAUGAAAUCUACUACACUGCAAUAAAGGACAUCGAAUUAGGAGACAUAUUGAGAGUGUGGUACUCGCGUAACUACGCCGCCAAAAUUGGUGCCUCCAUGCUGGAACCCAGCCCUUACGAUAUCUGCACCAAUAUACUCCGCUCUGUCAGUAUGGAUUACGGGUUCGAUUUGGAAAAGAACCAAAGCAGCAGCUUCUUAAUGGACGAUGUUUACAACCGUCCAUCUGUUACCGUUGGAAGCUGUGGAAGUACCGGACACGUGAUAACAUCGGUGUCACACAACAGUGCCGGAAGCAAUGCCAGCACGCUAAAUGCAAACGGAACGUCCUGCAUAUCUUCCAUGGUGCUGUCGCCUGCUUUCGACGAUCGAGCCUUACUCCAUCGAGAUUUAGGAUGUGGCAAUGGUAAUUGUGAUGGACGAGAUUCGAUCGAUAUCGAUAGUAACAACAAUAGCAGCAGCUUCUGUAUGGUGGACACCGACAAUGAGAGUCCAGCAAAUGGAAAGGGAGGUAGUAUAGGAUCGCCAGCUUCCACGACGAUCACCUACGAUACGGUUUCGUUACCACCAAUCGAUAGUCUGAUGAAAACGACUUCACCUAAAUACUCUACCUCCGCGUCGCAGCAGCACAUCUUUGAUAUGGAUCUGCUCGAUUCAGGAGUCUCUACGCACGUGCCUGAUUUGGUGGAUGAUUAUUUCAACACAUCAUCGCUCAUUCAUUCUAGUCAUCAUGAGCCUCCUCAAUCACAUCAUCAUCAUCAUCACCACGAUCACGAGUUCCUUGAAUAUCAGCAUGGUGUGGAACAGCAUCACCAUCAGCACAGUAUGAUAGCUCCGAAUCUGCAACAGCACCAUCAAGGAGAACUGAUCUGUUCAUCGAUGCUCAUGGACACGGCAACCAAUGACGCACGAUUGCCACGGCAUGCAUACUCCACGGAACAGAUAUCGCCAGUACAUCAUAUGCAAUACACACAACAACAUCAUCAUCAUCAGCAGCAACUGGGAGGACCAAUGUCAUCCGUGACUGAGUUUCAGUGCCUUCCAAAUGAUACGCUAAGUCCUGCGGACUUGAUCAAUAUUUCCCUCGGUGCUAGUGAUGUAAACAUUUCGUUCGAAACGGGAUUCGGAGAUACGGCAACAGUUGGUGGGUUAACCGAUCCAGCGAGCCACAAUCUACUCAGCUACGACAGAGGGACAGAUGAUAUAGAUGGACCAUUCGGUGAUGGCACUGCUGGAUUCGAUUUGCUAGCAUCGACUAACGCUGCGAACGAAACUGACGGUCAAUCUGAUAAAAUGCAUAGCCGAUUCUCAUCCUCAUCUGAUUCGCUGAUCACACUGCACGACACAGGAGGACUGGGAGGAGCGACAACCGGCACACCGACACCAAGUUCAAUGAUCGCAAUGGCAGUCAAUUCCGGGCUAGAAGGAGAUACGGACAAAAAGUAUGUUUGUGAGGUGUGCCUACGCAAGUACAUGACCAAAUCGAAUCUCGACAAGCACGUGCGCAAACACAAUCUCUACCUGUGUGUGUUUUGCAUGAAGCUAUUCCAGCAGGCAGAUGAGUUGAAAGAGCACGAGUGUAGCGAACGAAAAUCGAAAACGGCAUAUCUACACUGUCCCAAAUGUUUGAAGGUACUGUCAAACUCUUGGUCAUUGCAAAGGCACAUGAAAAUACACAAAGAUCUCACACCGGACGAAUCAGCUAUAGUAUCAAACAGUGGAGUUGUAGCCGUAGAGCAGCUUGAAAAGCUAUCCGGAGAUGGAACAAACGGUUCCAAAGCGUCCAAUGCAUCAUUCGAUGAUUUAUCGAAUCCAGCACCGAUUGAAGAUUUAAAACCAAGCAUCGAAGCACUGGAAGGAUCGGCAAACAUUGCAGCGUUGCGGUUUACGACACACAGUGACAAUAAAAACGAUAUGCUCGACUCAGAUAUGGCUACCAAUGCUCCACCAUUGCUAACGGAAGCGGAGAUAAAGAAGGAACCCAACAAUACGGGCUCGACGCCGGCCUCUCCGCAAACCACAAACUCAUCGGCGUUGCCCACUCUCACAACCAUCAUCCCAAUUACGAACAUGUGCUCCAGUCAGGAUAUGAUCACGAACGUACAGGCUGCCAACGGAAAGCAACUGUACAAGUGUAUCGUUUGUUCGAAGCUAUUCAAAAAUCCCAACGCACUCGAGAAGCAUCUCCGCAAGGUGCACACCGUCUAUACCGUUUCGAAUGAUUACAAAUCAGAAAAGAAAGUACUGAACCAAUUGAAUCAGAAGAAAACCUCACCAAUAAAACCUGCGAUCGCCAAAGCGUUGGCUACAAAGUUAUCCCAAAAGAGUAAAAAACAAGAAGAGAUGGCCGCAGCAGCUGCAGCCGCAGCGGCAGCAGCAGCGGCGGCGAAGUCCGUGGUGACAUCAGUGCUUCCCAAUUCUGCUGAACGAAAUUUGGAAGAGCAUGUUUUGUCACGAAAUGCUACCAGUGCUGGUACAUUGGUAAAGCAAGCGCAUCAUGGAGCAGCAAUGACCGUAUCGGUUCCAUCAUCAUCGUCCACGGAACAUAGUGGACAGUUGAGGGUGCACAGUAAAAAGAAACAUUCAUCCGGAUGUAUCAGUGACACUGGCAGAUCCUCCAUUGAUAAUAUGUACAGCGGAGGCACUGUACCUCUUGCAGGAGCACAGAUCGUGGGUAUCAACAGUACAAUCACUGGCGUUAGGAUUACUGACACACUGCUACCUUCUGCCAAUAGCGCAGAUACCUCAAUGCGCGAUAUGACGGCGAUCGCAAACGGUACAGGCCCAUCGACCGUAGCACCCUCACCGGCAGCUGGCAAAUCUCACAGCAUCAUCAUCAUUUCCAAUGUGGAACUUACCAAAAACAACCUGAUCGAUACUAGUCAACUGUUUCUCAAUCAGGGUGGUGCCACGCACGGUACCCACGGAACAGGCAGCAGUAGCGGUACCAUUAACGCGCUAGGAAAUAAAAUCGAUCUUAAAGUAUUAAACUCAACCGACAAACUACCCAAGCUGGUGCCCAUCUCGAGCCAUCAUCAUCAGCAGCAGCACAAUCAUCAGCUGCUUCAUCAUUCUCAUCUCCAUCAGCAGCAGAGCGUGGUUGGGGCAACCUUAAGCGGUACAACUACCUUACAGCUUUCCGGUACCACCAUAAUGGUUCCUUCGGGUAUGACUGCUACAACUACGUCGUGCCAUAAAAGUGAUGCUACUGAAGGUUCAUGUUCAAUAUCCGAUGGGCAUCGUUACAUUAAUGGAGGUAUUCUAACGACACCAGGCUCCUCAACUUCAUCCUCAUCCUCCUCCGCUACAAUUGUUGCCCAAAAUUCGGCUAUGCUUACACUUUCGAACGUGUCAGUGGUAGAAUCCAACGGUGGUAGUGUGGUGAACAACAGUGGACUGGACGAUGCAAGCGUCGACGAUAAACAGCAAAUUGACAAACUCAACAUAUGUCUUAACCAGGAAGACUUAUCCGACGAUCGCGAAUGCACACUAACACCCGAUGAGUGCAGCAACAUCUCGCAAUCAGCACAAUCGUUCCCCUGUGAGGAGUGUGAUCGUGUGUUCACAAAGAAUUAUCAACUGAAGCGACACAUGGAAAUUCAUGACAGCGUAUACUACACCUGUCCGUACUGCGAUCGUGGCCCCUUGAAGGCAAAGGCUUCGCUACGAAAGCAUCUCUACAAUGCGCACGCAGAUCGGGCACCACCGAAAGAGCAGAUGAACAAAUUCAUCACCACCCUUGUGGUGACGGAUGAAACCGUGCUUCGCGAGCUUGCCAUGAAGAAUGAACGUAAAAUUCGGAACAAAAGUGUUAAAAUGCAAGCUAAACUAAUCCAACAGCAGCAAAUGCAACAGCAACAACAAUCGCCACAAGUGCAAACUAUGACCACGAUUGAUAUCUCAUCUCCUGGCGAUAAUUUCGCGUGCCCUUCACCUGCUGUGCACGCACCAACCGAUGGAGGUGGAAUAAUUUUGUACGAAAACGAACUUUCGGAAUCGGUGCUGAGUGAUCAGGUCGAAGAUAUGCUUACGUUCAAAACCAUCUUCCCAACGGAAGAGGGAAGCAUCGGUGAGGGGUCCAUGAUCGAUGAACAGAUCGAUCAUAUGGUGUUGGAAAACUGCGAUCAAAGUAGUACAUGUAGCAGCAACAAUGCGCCAAAUCAUGACACGGAAAAGAAGCGAAAAGCGUGCACAGAUGGUCGAGAACUUCACCGCCAAUCACACCAACAACAUAUGCCAACGCAAAGGACCAUCGCUGAUGGUAAACGAAUGAAGAUUACCAGCCCAUCAACGGCAGGCCCUAGUGGUAGUAUUGACCAGACAAACAACACAAUUUCCACCUCUUUAGAUGAACCGUACGGAGUUGAUUCACUGCACGAAACCAAUCACCCCAGUGGUCCUAUUCAUCCAUUAUCAAAUGGUGCGAAUAAUGCACUUCGCUAUUUACGCAAACAGAACUCAAAUUCAAUUCCAACGACGACGAUGGCCAACAGUCCUGCAAAUGAUUUAGUGGCACCUAGUGGGUCGUCAUCAUCGCACGGCCAUCAUCAUGGGCAUCAUACGGCACAACAUGGUCAACCGUAUCAACAGCUGCAUCAGGGUAACAGCGGUCCAACUACCGCGCUGGACGGUAACGGUCAACUCAAUUUGGACAGUCUGUUCGGUAACAUAUCGAUCGACAACUAUGAGUUUGAUGAUAAUGCAACGAUUCCAUCGUUCAGUUUAAUUGAGGAAAAGUUUAAAACCUCGUUCGACCAGAUCCAGGAGAAGCUUGACGCGGAACUACCGUUCGAUGAGGAGCAGAUCAAGUGGCAAAACAAUAUCAUGACAAAUGAUUCGUCCAACGAAAUCGGCGACAAGCUGCUGACCGGCGAAGGAAACAUCAUGCUUACAUAG